AACCGACAGCCUGCAGUCAGUUCAGUUCAAUCAAGUCAGUCAAACUCAGUGAAGCUCGCUCGAAACGAAAGUAUUUGAAACCAAACAUAAGCUUGGAAUAAAAGCUACAGUUUCAAUUUGUCCAACGUUCAUUCUGUAUAGUGACGCUAUUAUUGUUUUUGAUCAUCUGUUCCUCGCUAUUAAAGUGUUAAAAUUAUGAGGCUUUCCAUUCUAAGAAUUUAAGUUUUAAUUAUUUAAAAAUUCUGAUACAGUGGAAUGCUUUAAUGUUAAGAGCUUUCUGCCAGUUUAUGUGAUUCUUUAAAUCAAUCCGAGUCUUAGCAACAUCGUUAUUUUCGUAUUGACGGAGGUUCAUAACUUACAAAUCGAACAAUGUUAUACUUGAAUUCGUAACAUAUCUUUUAUAAAUACAAAUCUUAUUAAAUAAUGUGACAGAGACGUUCAGUUAAUUCGUAUAUUAAAAGUGGCGAAACUUUCGAAAAUGUCUGGAGCAACGACACCGACGACGACGGAGGCACCGGCGGCGCUGCCCGCUCUCGAUGACCGCGACAUGGAGCCACGCACGCCCAUGAAACGGCUCGGCUCCACCAGAAAGCUGGCUGCAUUUAGCAACAUCCGGCUGCAGCUGGGCGAGCAGGCGCGCGUGCUGGAGGCGCGCGCGGAGGCGGCGGCGGGCGUGGCGGGCGAGCUGCACGACUACUGCCGCCGCCGCGCCGACCUCGAGCACGACUACGCGCGCGCGCUCGACAAGCUGGCGCGCGCCGCGCUGCAGCGCCACCGCGACCACCGCCACAAGCGCGAGCAGUGGCCGCUGACGGGCGCGUUCGCGUGCUGGCAGGCCGCGCUCGAGCACACGCGGGCGCUGUCCCGCGACCACGCCGCGCUCGGCGAGCUGUAUGCGGGGCCGCUGGCCGCGCGGCUGCAGCGCGCCGCCGACCACGCGCUGCGCCUGCACCGCAAGUGCCGCGACGUGCUCGCCGAGCGCCACGACGAGCUGGCCGCCGCGCUGGCCGACGCGGGCCAGGCGGCCAAGCUGCACGCCGCCGCCGCCGCCGACUGGCGCGCCGCCGCCUCCAAGCUGCGCGCCGCGCACGACCAGCGCGCGCGCCUCGCCGCCGCCGACCCGCCGCGCUCCAAGAAGAUCAAGGCGCUCGACAAGGAGCUCGACAAGCGGCGCGCGCGGCACAGCGAGGCGCGGGCCCGCGCACUCAAGGCGCGCGCCGACUACGUCCUGAGCCUCGAGGCGGCCAACGCGACCCUGCAGCGGUACUACCUCGACGACAUCGCCGACAUAAUGCUGUGCACGGAGGUCGGCUUCGAGGCGGUGGUGGGCCGCGCCGUGCGCACGGCGGCCGCGGCCGAGGCGGCGCGCGCGCACGCGGCGGCGGCUGCGGCCGGCGCACUGUUGGCGGCAGCCGACGCGCUGGACGCGCUGGCCGACCGCCAGCGACUCGUGGACGCGCACGCGGCCGCCUUCGCGGCGCCGCGGCCGCUGGCCUACCAGGGCACGCCGCCCGCGCGCGAGGACGACGAGCUGCGCGAGCUGCUGGGUGGCGCGGCGCCCGACAGCGACGCGGCCGCGGACGCUGUGGCCGACGAGCUGGCGCAGCGACUGCGCCAGCUCGAGGACGGCGCGCGCCGCCUGCGCGCCGAGUGCCGCGAGAGCGCCAAGACGCUCGACGCGGCCGAGGCGGAGCUCGUGCGCCAGAUGGAGGGCGGCGAUGCCCAGUGGGACGUGAGUGGCCUCUUCGGGCCCGGCGCCACGCCGCCGCCCGCGCCGCCGCCCGACGACGCCGAGACGCCGCGUCGCGACCAGGAGGACUACUACCUGCACAAGUUCCGCUCGUACGUCGCGUGCGCGGGUCGCCUCGCGCGCCUCGAGAGCAAGGCGGCGGCGGCGCGCGCGCGCCUGCUGCCCGGCGUGCCCGCGCCGCCGCCGCCGUCGCCGCCGUCGCCGCCGUCGCCUCCGCGCCGCGCCGCCGCGCGCCUGCGCCGUGGCCAGUUUGCGGCGCCACUCGAUAACCGGCUGCCCGUAGUGCUGACGUCGUGCGUGCGCGUCAUCUCGACGUAUGGGCUGCACCACCAGGGCAUCUUCCGCGUAUCGGGGUCGCAGGUGGAAAUGCAGGCGCUGCGGGCCGCCUUCGAGCGUGGCGAGGACCCGCUGGCGCACGUGCGGGACGCUUCCGACAUCAACUCGGUGUGCGGGCUGCUGAAGCUGUACCUGCGCUCGGUGCGGCCGCCGCUGCUGGCGCCGGCGCUGCAGGAGCCGCUGCUGCGGCUGGCGGCGCUGCCGGCCGACGCCGACUUCGUGCGGCGGCUGCGCGCCACGCUGGCCGCGCUGCCGCGCCCGGCGCUGCUCGUGCUGCGCUACCUGUUCGCCUUCCUGGCGCACCUGGCCGCGCACAGCCACCGCAACAUGAUGGACGCCUGGAACCUGGCCAUCUGCCUCGGGCCCACGCUGCUGGCCGCCUGGGGCGAGGGCGGCGCGCAGCUGGCCGCGCAGAACCUCGUCAACGAGCUCGUCAAGCGCACCAUCCUGCACCACGCCGACGUCUUCCCGCAGGACAUCGAGCCGCACGCGCUCUACCGCCCGCCGCCCUCGCCGCCGCCCUCGCCGCCCGCCGACCGCGCCGACGGCGCCACCGCGCCGCCCGCCGCCGCCGCCGCCGCCGACGACCUCUCGCUUUACGACGAUGACGACGACGACGAUGAGAUCAGUGAAGACGGCGAGAGUGGAGAGUGGUGCGACCCCGCCUGCACAGAGAGCCACAGAGCUGGCAGUGCAGAGCGACGGCUGCCGCCGGUGCCGACGCAGGCGGCGGCGGCGAGCGUGGAGCCGGGCUCGGCCGCGGCUGGCGGCGCGGACGCCGGGCUGCAGCCGGCGGCGGCGGCGGCGGCGGCGGCGGCGGCGGACGAGGCGGCGCCGCGCCUGGCCGAGAGCACGCCCGACCUGGUGCUGGACCUGCCCGCCCGCGCCGCCGCCGCUCACGCCGGGGACGCCGACGGCGCCGGGGACACCGACGCCGACACCGACUCGGCCGACACGUUCGCGCACAACCGCGACACGCUGCGCAAGCGCCUCUCGCACAGGUAUAUUUAUUUUUAAUCGAUCGACCCGUCGCGACGAUU